AUGUCUUCUUGUCCGCUAUGGUUAGUCUUCGGUGGAAAUGCAAUGGUCUCUGCAGACUGGCUUCCUUUCUGCGAAGCUGCUCUGUGCAUGAAGGAUGAGGGGGCGGCAUCACCAUGUUUUCUGCUGGUGGACUAUCCUGGCUACGGCUUCAAUGGUGGAGAACCUUCACCCACAGCAGCGCUGGAGUCCUCGCAGCAGGCGUUGGCAAAGCUGCUGGACGACCUUGGGGAUCAGAGGCCAGAUUCCAUCAACCUACUCGGACACAGUCUGGGCGCCGCAGCUGCCUCGCAGCUUGCAGCACACCUCUCCAGGCCAGAUGCACCAGUGCAGGGCGGUCGGCUACUUCUGUCCUCCCCAUUCCUCAGCAUUGAUGAGAUGGCAGCCGUUCUGUUUGGGGGUCUCCUGCCACGCUGGCUCCUUCGGGUCCUGGUGACCCACCGGUGGAACAACGCAGAGACUGUGCCCGCAGCUGCAGCUGCCGGUUGGCAGGUUUCGAUAGUUCAUCCACCCAGUGAUGAGAUUGUCCCCUUCAAGCACGGACAGGAACUGCAUAGCUCGGUCCGAGCUUUGGGGAGGGAGUGCGAGCUUUUGCGGCCAAAGGGGUGCGGCCACAACGACGUGUUGUUUGCUGCGCUGCCCUCUUAUGUCAAGUUGAUGGGAAUGAGCCGCCUCCAGGUUGAGCCUCUUGCCAAGCAAAAUUGCAUCUCGACCAUGUGGCUAGACCAGAGCUAG